CCAAAAGUAGACUUGCCGACUCUUCUACUUUUGUGUCACUCUUCUUUAUUCUAGUUUAAAUGGUCACAUCACACUAUUUUGCUUCAGAGCAAAAACAUGGGCACAGUAUAAAGAGAGGGGUGUGUUAAAUGCAGAGGCUUGGAUCUAGCCCAAUUAAGACUUGGCAGUGUAUUAUUAAGCAAGGCCUAGAGGCGGACAGGGAGCCUACAUAGUGGCCUUAUUCAGAAGAGUGAACUGUAUUUGAAUAUCGAUGAGGGCACGCCUGAUUAGAGCAGAAAGAGGCAAUGUGUGUUCUACACAGCUGUGGCACUCCAGAAUAAAAGACAGUUUAUUAGCACUAUUGGGCCUCUUUUACACAUCUGUCUCAAGAUCAUGUGAUGAGAUUAUUUUUGCACUCCGCUGCCCCACUCUCUGAUGCUCCCCCAAAACACAGCAGGCCCCAAAGCAGCAAGGCCCCCAGCUUGUCUAUGUGCUGUUGUUUUCUCGCAGCCUGUAGGCAUUCCUUUACCAUGAAGUGAGCUCUGGAGGGGGGGGGGUUCUCUGUCUAGUUUGAGACGUUAACAGAAUGGAUCAUCUCAUCCGCUUUAUCCAUAAACAGGCCUGUCAAAUGCUGGCUCUGUCUUCAGUGUAUUGAUAUGCUCAAAGGCUAAGGGAUUUUGGAAGCUUUUUUUUGCAGCAGGACUUUGGAGCAUGGAGCUAGACUCUGUUGCCAUGGCACUGUGUCCGACCUCACAUUGUAAAGGCAUGCCAUUAUUCUCUCUCUGCCGAAAUGCACCGCAUCUUCUGACUUAAGCCUUUGUGGCACGCACAAGUGGCUCUCAGAGGAAAAUGGCAUAGCAAAAAAAGGCUGAGGUCAGAGGUCACGCCAGAGCCUUCCCAUUGGGCUUGCUUUUGUGUAAUCAAAUUUGUUGCGGGCACAAAAGGAGCCACAGUAAAAUAUCUGGAAGACAUUGCAGUGCAGGGACAGUGCAGUUCAUUCGUUCAUUAGCCUUGUCCUCCACCUGGUCUUUACUGCUCCACAAAUGCUGCAUGUAGAAGAAGCUGCUGGAUAACCUUCUUCUCUCACAGCAGCUGUUAACAAACCCACGUUCAGCGCCAAACUACACCCUCUCUACUUCACUCUGCUACACUCAUCUUAGUCUGCACUGCUGAUCAGACGUGAGAGGAACCAACAUGGCUAUGACCAUGGAGUCAUCUCCCACCGUGCUUCCCAAACUGCUGUCCAAUCAGACGACUGAGACCUGUGAGCCUGUAGACAACACGGUGGAGAAUCUCCUCUUUGGCCUCUACUACAUCAUAGUCUUUCUUCUCGCUCUGAAUGGCAACAGUCUUGCCCUGUGGAUCUUCUCCCGUCAGCGAGGAGCCUCCUCUCCAGCUAACGUCUUCUUGAUGCACCUUGCUGUGGCUGACCUUUCUUAUGUUAUUAUUUUGCCUCUAAGAGCCACAUACCACUUGACAGGAGGUCACUGGCCAUUUGGAGAAGUUCCUUGCCGUGUAGCUGGCUUCCUUUUCUAUGUUAACAUGUAUGCCAGUCUUUACUUCCUGGCUUGUGUAGCUGGGGAUCGAUACCUCGCUGUAGUGCAUGCUGUGAGUUCAUUGAGAAUCCGCCAUGCCCGCUUUGCCCACAUAACCAGCUUUGCUCUGUGGGCUCUAGUAAUUGUAGCCAUGGCUCCUCUGUUGGUGACCCAGCAGACUAUAGAAGCGAACGGCUCCACAGUGUGCUUGCAGUUGUAUAGAGAGAAAGCUUCCCGCCGAGCUUUAGUCUCCCUCAUAGUUGCAUUCACACCGCCUUUCCUGGCCACACUCUCCUGCUACCUGCUCAUUGUGAACAGUCUGAGAAAGGGUUUGAGGAUGGAGCCAGUGCUGAAGGUGCGAGCAUUGCGUACAAUCGGCCUGGUCAUGCUCAUCUAUGUGGUGUGUUUCCUGCCAUACCACGUUAGCCGGGCCACAUUUAUCCUGGGUUAUGGACAUCCAGAUCUGUCCUGCCAAACACAGCGAGGUCUAGCCCUGGCUAAUCGUCUCACCUCCUCUCUUACCUGUCUGAAUGGAGCUUUGGACCCACUGGUCUACCUUUUUGGAGCAGAGAAAUUCAGAGGCACUGUGCAAAGACUCCUGUGCAGGGAUAAAUCAGGUGGAUCUGCAGCUACCAGUGGAGAUCUUAAAGGGACACAUGAGAGUUCCCUGAGUGCAAAGUCAGAGUUCUGAGAAAACAGCAUUUUAAAGUCUGUAUCUGUCACCUAUAGGCCAGGUUACAUACCCUAUUUGGUCAGUUUAAUGCUGUGUAGGUCUUCAUGUAUGACGUACAGGAACACUGGGUUUGGGUGUGUAGACAUUUGAACAUAAUUUAAAGUGUUGACUGGCUGGUGUGUGAUUUUCUUAACCGGAAGUGAAAAAGGGAAGUUAUGCAAAUGCCAAAGACAUCAGCCAGUCGGUUUAGUCUUAUGGUUUGUCUGAGAGUACCUGGACCUAAAAAUAAAAACAAAAGAAAUGUUUAUUUACUUAUAUUACACAAUUUGACAUCAUUUUGACCAUUAAAACCAAAAGUUACAGUUAAAGUUUUUUAAAAGUAACUAUCCAGAGUGUAUUCCCACCUCACGCCCAGUUCCUGCUAUAGGCUCUGGAUCCACCACGACCCUGACCAGCAUAAAGCUUUCUGAAAGUGACUGAGUGAAUAAAAGUAACAAAUGUGAGUGAUCAGAAGACAAAUUUCAUCCAACUUUUCAUUUGUUUAACUAACAACAAACUGCUGACAAAUUAUUUUCAAAGUUGUUAGGUUAAACCGAAACAGCUUUUUGGAGUUUGCCAAAAAAAAUAAGCCAUUUUUUUGGAGUGCUUGCAGUGCAAUGUCAAAUUUUGAAAAACAUUACAUAUUAAAAAUGCAUUUAUUUGACUUAUGCUUAAAACCUAACACAUUUGAUUAAUGUCACAGAAGUGUUUCUAAUCAACGGUUGCUCAAAAACCAUGUGUGGGAGAAAAAGUCCCCAAGUAAAGCAAAGCCUAUAUACAUAUGUUUAUUAUUAUUAGCCAAUUUUUAAAUUGUUAUUAGACAUUAUUUUUAUUUCUUGAUCUGUUUGCCAAUGUUUAACACGCAGCCAUGUGUCAUGUUAAGAAAAUCAUCGCUAAGCAAAGGAUGCCGCAAUAUUAUAACAGCUGCUUUUGAGAAUAACUAAGUGCAUAUACAGAUCUUCAUAUUAUCUUAGCUGAUAUGUGCUCAAAAUGGAAUUUUGUUUUUAGCAAUAUUGUUGUACUACAGCAAGCCCUUUAUUCUCUGCAGUACUUAUGUGGCUAUUCAAUUCUACAUAUGCAUUGCAUUGCGUAACACUUUGUACCUCUUUUUUUUUAUAUAUUUAAUCGCCUUUAUGUGCUUAUUUUGCCUCAGUGACUCAGUGAAUAUGAAGCUAUUUAUUAUUCCAUUUCAUUCGAUCUGAUGUUUCGGCACUUAUAUCGCUAUAUUUCAAUAUUGCUGUAUAAAGCGUGCUAGAUGCACCAUUUUGUAAUCAUGUAUAAAUUAAACUCUUUGCUAUUUUUA